UCACACCGUUCAAACAACAACAUAACCUAAUUUUUGUUACCGUGCUUUGUUUAUGUUAUGACUUAUUUAUUUAUUUCAUUAAUUAAGUAUUAAUCUAUGCAUUUCAUCUGUGUUUAGCACAUUCUACUACUAUACACUUCUUAGUUGUUAUCCAAGUACAAGUGUAGAAGGCUUUUUCCUGUUAUGGUCAAAAUGGAAGAAACCCCCGACUUUUUCCACAACAGUGUUUGUCACAAGUGCAAAAAGCUUUGCGAUUAUCCUGCGAAGCAUUGUGCUAACUGUAAAAUCGUCGCCUAUUGCUGCAGGGCACAUCAAAUCCAGGAUUGGAAACAUCAUAAAACGUUUUGUAAAUUAGCUUGUCGUGGGCAUAUCCAAGCGCAGAAUAACAUAAAAACACAUGCAGACUUGCGACUUUACAUUGAACGAAUGGGCUUUUACUUAAACCUUAAACUAGGAAGGAAAUUAAGCAAAGCUGAGACUCAGAUGUUUAUGUUUCCAAAGCUAUGCGCCAUAUGCUUUAGGCAAGAGGCUGUGUCAGGGUGCUCCUGUCCGUCUUGUGUUGGGCGAUUUUCUAUCUUUGAAUGUGAGAGAUGUAGGAGUGAAUUUUAUUGUUCUAGAGCACAUCAAGAAAAACAUCAACCCUUUCAUAAACUUUGGUGCGAUAAACUAAAACUGUCAUUAGACUUAUCACUUAAUCAAAAGAUUAGUGAAUUAAGCUGCUUAAAUGUAAAGAAAUUUGAAUUAAUGCCUAAAGAAUUAAAUAGUUUAUCAUCUAUUAUAGAUAUUCCUGUUGACACUAAUAAACUUGAGUUUUUAAACUUUGCUGAUCAAGUUUUAAGUGGUCUGACCUUGUUAGCAACUUUAGGACAAACUUCUUUAUUAAAAAACCAUAAAAUCAUUAAGCCCUCAUGUAAGUUACAUGUGGUAGGUGCAGCCAGUUUUGAAAGUACUUUAAAUUGGGCCACUAUUGUGGAGAUAUUUUUUCACUGGAUCCACAACUUAGAGAGCCUGAAUAUUAAUCUUAUAGGACCUGAACUAGACGACAGCCCUAACCAGUUUGAAGAUCUAAAAUCAUUCCUGUGUGAAGAAUGUCGAGACACAAGAAACAUUAUUGGUCCAAUAUUUCAUAAAAACUUUUAUCAUGAAUUAGUUAAUGACUUGCCAAAACCUGAUUUAGUUGUGGCAUUCAAUAGUGGUCUUCAUGAGUUCUUUAAUAGUGGCUCGGACACAUGGGAGAAUAGCCUUACUUCUUUAGCCAAGUAUGUUGGAGUCCCAUUAGUGUUCACUGCCUAUACUGAAGAAGAAAUAUUUAAAGAUUUAGAGGUUCUUAAGCAGGCAAUGGAUAAUAUUAAGAUUAUACAUGGGCCUUGUCAAAAUCAGUUUAGAAAUGUAAAACCACUGAGAGAUUGGGAAAAUCAGAAGGUACCUAUUUAUUACAUUAAUAAUUAUGUAUGUGCUGUUAUGCAAAUUUAACAACAGACAAUAGAAGUUCCAGAAGAAAUGCGUUUCCAAAAUUACCACCUUUGAAUUUUGGAUAUUUAGAAUAAAGUAGGAUGUUAAGAUUUUAAUAUAAAUUGUUUUGUAA